AUGCCGUCCUUUAACAUUGUUGUAUUUGGGGGUGACCAUUGCGGUCCUGAGGUGACUUCAGAGGCUGUCAAGAUCCUUCGUGUGAUCGAGAAGAGCCGUGACGACGUCACCUUCAACCUCCAGGAUCACUUGCUCGGUGGUGGAUCGAUUGAUGCCACCGGAUCUCCUCUUACUGACGAGGCCCUCGAGGCCGCAAAGAACGCCGACGCCGUGUUCCUUGGUGCUAUUGGUGGCCCGAAAUGGGGAACUGGCGCCGUUCGUCCUGAACAGGGAAUCCUCAAACUGCGCAAGGAGAUGGGUACUUUCGCCAACCUGCGACCAUGCAACUUCGCUGCCCCCUCGCUAGUCGAGAGCUCCCCGCUGCGCUCUGAAGUCUGCCGCGGAGUCGACUUUAACAUCAUCCGUGAAUUGACUGGUGGUAUUUACUUCGGCGAGCGUAAGGAAGACGACGGAAGCGGCUUUGCCCUCGACACGGAGCCCUACUCCCGCGCUGAGAUUGAGCGCAUCACCCGCCUCGGUGCUCACCUCGCCCUACAACACAACCCCCCUCUCCCCGUGUGGAGUUUGGACAAGGCCAACGUUCUUGCUACUAGCCGCCUGUGGCGUAAGACUGUUACCGAAGUCAUGGCCAAGGAGUUCCCUCAGCUCCAGAUCGAGCACCAGCUUAUCGACUCCGCUGCCAUGAUUAUGGUCAAGGACCCCCGCAAGCUGAACGGUAUCGUUAUCACUAGCAACCUGUUCGGUGAUAUUAUCUCCGACGAGGCCAGCGUUAUCCCCGGCUCUCUGGGUCUAUUGCCCAGCGCUAGUCUGAGCAGCAUCCCCGAUGGAACCGGCAAGGUUAACGGUAUUUACGAGCCUAUCCACGGAUCCGCUCCUGACAUCUCCGGAAAGGGCAUUGUCAACCCUGUCGCUGCUAUCCUCUCCGUCGGUCUGAUGAUGCAGUACUCUUUCGCUCUCUUCGAUGAGGCCCGCGCGGUCCAGACGGCCGUGAGCAACGUUAUUGAGUCUGGCGUGCGCACUGGCGACAUUGGCGGCAAGGCCUCCACUAAGGAGGUCGGUGAUGCCAUUGCUGCUGAGCUAGAGAAGCUUCUGAAAAAAUAA